CUGUUGACGUGAAUAUUAAAACAUCUUCUGUGCAACAGGUAAAGCGCAAGCUUGACUGUACCGUCGUCUUGGGAUUAAAUACCCACCUUCGCACCGGAAAAGGACCGUUCCUGCUACCUCUCCACCAAAGGGGAAAAAGAAGAAACAUCUUCUGCACAGCUCGAGGACAACGGUAAAGAAACGUUCACAUCGCCAGGAAAGGAAAAAAGGAAAAAAGAGAAGGCGAAGAAGCAGCUCAUCCUGUUCUCAAUUUCCAUUAUUGAACGAACAUCAUCGUCUUUACAGUCAAAAUCCUUUCAAGUGUCUCAGGUUGGUUGGAGACUUGGAGGCUGGGUUCAUCGGCGGAGAGAUGAUCCAUUCUUAAGUUCUUUGUUUACUAGUAGGAAAAGCCUUACUUCCCGUUGGAACUUGAAAUAGAGGAUAUUAGGAAACUUCGAAAUGGUUAAAUAGAAGGCUUAGAGGCUUGACAACAUGAAAUAUCUGAGACUGCAGGAUUAUGCACAUGGCAUAAGGAGAUUAUUCCCUUGUUUCUAUCCUAAAAAUUUAAUAUGUCCAAGCAAGUGUUGCCGAAGAUCCUUCCCCUAGUAUGGGGCGAAUUAAGAAGCCAGUGGCCAACGUAAAUCCUACCCCAUUAUUUUGCACUCUUGUGGUGCUAAAGCACCUAAUAAUUGAUUAUUGUGUCCCAUGUAGUAUAUCUUGUUGAGAGGUUCAGAGUUUCAAUUCAGAUACGAUUCCUCCUCAGAACUGAGACUAAGGGAUGGCUGUGGAAAUGGAGGAAGAUUUAGAAUUUCAGUCACUGAAGUCUCAGCUAAAUCAAACAAACAUCAUGUGGAAGGAGGAGAUGGAGCGACGGCAGUCUCAGGUGGAUGCCUUGCAGGCAAAGCUUAUGGAGGUAAAGGCUUCUGUCCAGGAAUCUGAGGAAGAAGCCAAGAAGGAAGUAGAAGUUCUUUGGCGGAGGGUCAAAACUACGGCAACAUUGCUUACAUACUUGAAAUCAAAAGCAAGAAUCAUGGCAGUUCCAGAUUUGGCUCAUACUUCAUGUGGAAUCAGACAUCAAGAAGGGAUGGGUCUUGUUGACAAAAAUGGUAUGCCAUUGUCUGAGUGGUCAAAGGAUGUCGAUCUUUCUUCCUUUGAUUGUGCAGAUGAGGAAACUUGGACAAUAAUCAGUAACAGGCAAGGAUCCAUCGAUGAACAUGAUGGAGCUUAUAUUGGUGAAAUACUUAAGUCCAUACGAAUGGUAACAGAUGUAAUGGAAGCUCUUGUGAAGCGGGUAAUCAUGGCAGAAACUGAAACAGCUAUUGAAAAAGAAAAGGUUACUUCAGGUCAGGAAGAGAUUAAAAUGAAGUCACUUCAAAUUGAAAGCAUGUCAGCGAAGGUAGAGGAAAUGGAAAGGUUUGCACUGGGUACAAACUGUAUUCUAAAUGAGAUGAAGCAGAAGGUUGAAGAUAUGGUUCAGGAAACAUCUAGACAGAGGCAACGAGCUGCAGAAAAUGAACAGGAGCUUUGUCGUGUGAAGCAGGAUUUUGAGUCACUGAAAUCCUAUGUCAGUAGUCUUAUCAGUGUUCGGGAAACGCUUCUUUCGUCAGAGAAGCAAUUUCAAACAAUUGAGAGGCUUUUUGAGAGGCUAGUUGCUAAGACCACUCACUUGGAGAGUGAGAAAAUGCGAAAAGAGGCCGAGGUGCAGAAACUCAUGGAGGAGAAUGUUAGGCUGAGUGCUUUACUUGACAAGAAGGAGGCGCAGCUGUUGGCCAUGAAUGAACAGUGUAAGGUAAUGGCUCUGAAUGCUUCAGCAUCCAGUUCCUAAAAGGAUAUAUUCUUCUGCUAUUGCUGGUCUGCAUGGCUUGUGAAGGUUAUCUUUCAGAUCUGCCCAUCCUUGAUUACCAUCCUGGAUCAAUGCCUAUACAGGCUGCUAACAAAAAUCUAUCAUUUGGAAUGCUCAUUUAAUGUUGCUUCAAUUGUGCUAUUGUUAAUUUGCUGAGAUUAUAGUGUUUUUGUUCAUGCAUUGGAGCAUGGAUUCAUCAAAUAUGCAUGGAUUCAUCAAAUGAGAAAUCCAUUUUGCAUUGAGUUACA